AAAAAAGCUGAAAUCAUUUUUUGCAAGAUACAAGACGUUGCAGUGGACAAGUUCUUAUACUUUACCAGACUUUCCUUAUGAUGUCAAGUGCAUAUUAGCAGAAAAAAAAUGCCCUGAUCACACCAUGAGAAUAAGGAUCAUUGAAUUUUUACAAGCAGACAUGACAAAAUACCUAGAAGGAUCACUGUAUCCGAACAGUCAGCAAUAUAACAUUGUUGUCAAUGCUCUGCUGCAGGCAUACCCGUUCCUUGAUGAAGAUGGGAAUGGCUUUUUGCUAUGGAAACGGGCCCUGAAAGAUCGUUUCAAAUAUGUGCGGAGACCCAUUGAAGAUGAUGAGCAAGUCCUGAGGAACAAAUGCAAGUUUGGCCACAGGCGAGGACAGACCAGGAAACCUUCAUUUGCUGAAAAGAAACCUGAUGACGUCCAGGUGCAGGUAGAGGAAGAACCUGUUCAUCUUGAAGGCAGCGCAAUGGAUGUACAUAUUAAGUGGCUUAAGCAAGAAUAUAUGAAAACUCAGAGGAACUGGGAAGAAGUGGAUAACAGAAUGAAUGUGACAAUAGAAAUACGGAGGAAGAUGAUCAGUGAUAAAGCACCUUUAAAAGACAUUCUUAGACUAUUUCCUUUCUUAAGAUACCCUUAUCAGCUUUUUAGGGAGUUUCAGCUUCUCACACACAUGGACAUUUAUAAGAAAACAGUCGAGAUUUUGGAGAUUUAUUCAGAAAACAUAUUAUCUUUGUAUGCGGUGAGGAAUAAUCCAAUCAACAUUAUGCUGCAAGAAAAUCUGAAGCGGCACACAGAGGAAGACAUUCUGAAAUAUAUGAAAAUGACUGCUGCAUGUUUACUCCUGCCAGAUGUCUUUGGAGAUGAUUCCAGUCUGUUUGCUGCAGUGAACGAGGAGGUAAAGGCAGUGACACCAGUGUUGGAAGUAAAAAAUCCCUUCAACGUGAAUUCAUGCGAGUUUGCGCUGUACAUAGAAAGAGAAGAGCUAGCCCAGCUUGACAACUGCAUCAUGGCCCUGGCAGCGCUGGUGGCUGCAUUUCAUGUGUUUGAUAUCCCGUGCCCAAAGAGAAUCCACAGGACGCUGAACUUCCUGGAGUCCCUGCUCUUCGAGGUGAGGAGCCCAGCAUCCCUGCUCACCCAGGUAAAGAGAGGGCUGGAGGCACCUGAGUAUCCCACUGCCUGA